GUGUGUAUAUAAAGGUUGUCUCACACACACAAGACCCACAACACUCAAUCUGGUGGAUAACCACGAACAGUCGAUUUUUAAUUGGUGUUGCUUCUUUGACUCAAACAGAAUGGGAUCCUCUAAACUGGCUCUGCUGCUGGUCUUGCUGUCCUGCGUAGAGCACUGCCUGUCUGCCUCCUGUGUCGUUGACAGCUUCACAGUCAAAGGGGACUUUGACCCCAAGAGGUAUGCAGGAAAGUGGUACGCACUGCAGAAGAAAGAUCCAGAGGGCCUGUUCCUGCAGGACAACAUCUCCGCUGAGUACACCAUUGAUGAUGACGGCUCCAUGACCGCCUCCUCCAAGGGACGCGUCACUCUGUUUGGCUUCUGGGUUGUGUGUGCUGACAUGGCCGCCCAGUACUCUGUCCCCGACCCUGCCAGCCCCGGCAAGAUGUUCAUGAACUACCAGGGACUGGCCAGCUACCUGUCCAGCGGAGGCGACAACUACUGGGUGAUCGACACCGACUACGACAACUACGCCAUCACCUACGCCUGCCGCACCCUGAAGGAAGACGGCAGCUGCGAGGACGGCUAUGCCAUUAUCUUUUCCAGGAACCCCCGCGGCCUGCCCCCCGCCAUCCAGCGCAUCGUCCGUCAGAAGCAGGAGGACAUCUGUCUGGCCGGAGAGUUUCAGCCUGUGCUGCAGUCUGGAGCCUGCUAAAGAGAAAGAGAGAGCAGAGCAGGAGAGCGUGAAGCCAGCUAGUUACAGUCAAGAAGGCUUGAAAGCAAGAAGAGGGAGAUUGAAAGAGUGUGUAUGUGUAAGAAGGCCUGUAUGUGAGAGUGAUAAUGUGACUGGACAGAUACAGAAAAUUAAAAAAAAAAAGACUGAGAGGAGGAAAAACACGAGAAUAUAAUUAGGCAAAGACAGUGGAAAAAGAUCUGUUUUUUUCCUCCUCUGUCACUCUGUGUUCGUCCAUUGUUUGUAAGGAAAAUGUUACUGCUGCUUUGAAAGACGAAAUAAAAGAUAUUUUUCUAAACAAUA